UGUGGCCAAUCCCAGCAUCCGCUGUCAAGCGGAUUACCUCAAACCUAGAGUCGCCUAAAGCCCGUUCCGUUGCUGAGAUGGGAACAAUUUAACGUUCUAUCUAGUAACCGACAGCACCAGCACCAUCUUGGGUUCGCAGCCUUGAGGAUCCUCCAGCAUGUCGGGAGGCAAACGCACAAAACGCUGAAGCAGACCGCAGCAUCAGCAGCAGCACCACACCUUCCUUCCGCGAUACUCCGAGCCUGGCGCACCGGAUUAGACGCCGCGGAUCCGACCUCCAGGAUCCAUAAUGCCCGUUAAUCGAGCUUGACACCACCGACAUGCUGCCGGGCUCUAUUCAGAUCACGGGAGAGGCGCUGUCCGGCGCGGAGAUCAAAGACAUAUGCGACAGUCUGAAGGAGAACAGCGUGCGGCUGCUGUCGGUGCGCGGCUGCCAGCUGUCUGACCGGGACUUCGGCCGCGUGUGUCGCGGCGUGGCGGAGUCGCACUCUCUCGCGCAGCUCAACCUCAACCUCGGCGUGGUGUCCACCAUCGGCCGGACCAAGCAGCUGGCAGAUGCUCUGAAGGCCAACAGAUCCGUCCAGACCCUCUUUCUCCACGGAAGGGAUCACAUCGCUGGGAUGCUGACUGUCGCUGUUGCAUCCAGUCGAACUCUUGAAGUUCUGGACUUAGAGGGAACCGGCCUCACCAAUCAGUCAGCACAGGUCUUCCUAGACAUGGUGGAGAACUACCCCACCAGCCUGCGUGUGCUGGUUCUAGCUGAGAACGACAUCAGCCCUGAGCUGCAGCAGCAGAUCUCAGAUCUCCUCUCUGAAGGCGAGGAGGAGGAGGAUAAAGACGGAGAGGCGCGUGGACGCUUUGUGACCCCCAGGGAGAAACCAGCCUGGGUUCCCCACAGCAUAACUGGUUCUAAGAGGCUGGGGCAAAAGGGAAGUACAGAAAUUGACAUUACUCAUGCAUUAUUUGGGAGAGAUCGUUUCUACUUACGAAAUAGAAAUAUGAAUUUCUUAUAAGGGCCAAGUUGUGAGUUCUCUGUCCUGUAUAUCCUAAAGUCAUUAGACUUAGAGGUUAUUAUUAGCAAGGUUAAAUCUGAAAGGAAUAGUUUGGCAGAAAAUGAUCAUUCUAUCAUCACUCACUCACUCCAAACCUAUUUGACUUUAUUUUCUGCGCAAAAGAUGAGUUUUUGGAAGCAAAUCCUGGUCAUUCCUUUCCAUAUAAUGAAAGUGAAUGGGGACUUGGAGGUAACAAAAAAAAAUCACCUUAAAAGUAUCAAAGAAGUACUCUAUUUCACUAAAACCAAUGCUGUCAAUAGUGUCGAUGCCCCAUUUUUACAGAAAGACUGUUAUACUCGAUGAUUUUCAGAAAAAUAGCCUACAUUUUUUUUUAUAUGUUAAUGAUUUUUGGU